GGCUCGAGCUGUCAGUGUUGUUUCAGAACUCAGUGGGAGUGUUCGAAACUCCAGCUCCGGCUUUACAACACGUGUACAAUGAAUGUGUUAAACAUAUAUCAUAUUAGAAAAGAAUUUCUAUGGAUUCUGCUCUUCUGCUUUGUUCUGUCUGAUACUGGAGAUUAUUCGUUCCAACAGUAUUCGAGCUUCGGUGUGUCAAGUAAACCGUAACAUAACCUCAGGCAGUGAGUCACACACUACUGGGGUUAGUAUCAGCCAGGGCGAUGAUUUCAUAUCAUGUCCGGGGCCUCACGACCCUGCCAAUCACACUGCCUGUUGCUACACUAGCGAAGACGAAUCUGAAUUUGGCGUUGAAGAGUCUCAAGACGGCCCCAGAUGCUGCGUCCCUCCACCACAGCCUACGGGCAUGUUCUACAUAAACGACCAGCUGGCCAUGAUCAUCGCCCUGAGUGUGACGACUGUGUGUGUCAUACUAACCAUCAUCAUUAUUGUCUGCUGCUUCUGGUCACGCUGUCCGCUCUACUCUGCAUGUCGAAUACGCUACCAUCAGGAUGACAUUAUUGCCUAUGCCUCAAAAGAUGAAGAGACUGCCGGCCUUAACGACAUGCCCCCGGAGGAAACAAAGGGUGUUUCAAUCUACUCUCCCAAUGCAGUCAAGGUCACACUCAAGAAUGAUGUAUACGGGUAGUGAUUUUUGUAGCAUCUCCUCAAUUUAGACCUUUAGAAUUACUUAAGUAUUCUAAAUUUUCUAUUAUAAAUUUAGUAUACAGGGUAAUGCAUCAUUACUUCAUUAUACUGUACAGUACAUGUGCUGAAUUAUGCUGCAGUAACUUAGUAUAAUCGUGCAUCAUUAAUUCAUUAUACUGACUAAAGAAGCAUUACUUCAGUAUACUGUACAGACAUAUACAAUAUUAUUUCAGUAUACUGACUACUGGAACAGUACCUCAAGCAGAUAGCACAAAUAACAGAAAAUAGCUUGUUAUAUAAGACGAUGAUAUAGUACACUGAAGGUCUUUAAUGCACCAUAGACACAGAGCCUAACAGACACUAUUUUAGAUCAGUUUUCAUUCAAAAUUACAGUACAGGUGAAUUGUUGUUUCCUGUCAUCCAUAAGUGUCACCAUCUACACACUUAGGUGAAUUAAAUUGACAGUUAUCUUGA